AUGAACAAGCCUAAUUUUGGACAAUUUAUAUCACAAUUACAGAGACAAGCUAGAGCCUCUGGUGGUGGACGAGGUGGUCCCGGUGGCAGCAACUUCAACACAGGCGGUGCAUUCGCUGGUGGCGGUGGUAUAAUUCUCUUAGCCCUCGGUGCAUUCGCAGUGAACUCGAGUCUUUUCAACGUCGACGGUGGACAUCGUGCGAUCAAGUACAGUCGUCUACAUGGAAUAAUGAGAGAGGUAUAUGGUGAAGGUACACAUAUCAGAAUUCCUUGGCUCGAAUCAGCUAUUAUUACAGACAUUAGAGCCAAGCCACGCAAUAUUGGCUCAUUGACAGGUACAAAGGAUCUUCAAAUGGUUAACAUCACCGUCCGUGUCCUCUCCAGACCUCGUCAAGAAGAGCUUUCAACCAUCUACAGAGAGCUCGGUACAGACUUUGACGAGAGAGUAUUGCCUUCGAUUGUCAACGAAACUUUGAAGGCUGUUGUUGCUCAAUUCAACGCGUCUCAACUUAUUACUCAGAGAGAAAUGGUCUCUAAACUCGUUAGAGAUAAUCUCACUAAACGCGCAUCGAGAUUCAACAUUGUCCUCGAUGAUGUCAGUUUGACGCAUGUUACUUUCUCACCAGAAUUUACAACCGCUGUUGAGUCUAAGCAGAUCGCCCAGCAAGUCGCUCAAAGAGCCGCUUUCUUGGUCGACCAGGCUAUUCAAGAGAAACAAGCUAUCAUCGUUAGAGCAAAUGGUGAAGCUAGAUCAGCUGAGUUGAUUGGUGAGGCUUUGAAGAGCAACAAAGGUUUCUUGCAUCUGCGUAAAUUGGAAGCUGCGAGAGAUAUUGCUGAUGUUAUUAGCAAUUCUAGUAACAGAGUUAUGUUGGAUUCUGGUAGCUUGUUGUUGGAUGUUCAAAACCUCGAGUCUAGCGGCCCUAACAAAUAA